CAACCCCUGUUUGAUCAUCAUUUCCACUGGUGGUGGAGAGAGAGAGAGGAGGGGUGCUGUCGGAAAAGUGCAUCACCAUCAUUAUCAUCAUCAUCAUCGUCAUGAUCAUCUCGCCAAACGUCACGAGAGUGUGAACUAUCUACAUCAUCGUCCUAAUUCCAGGCCGAAAGCUGUUGCCUGGAAUCGUUGGAGCAUAUUUAGAAUCAGUGUGAAACUCCACCCUCCCCCCCAUAACUCGAUCUCCGACAGGGUGUGUAUGUGUGUGUUAGUGUGUACAUUUAAUAAUCUCUCACGAAAUCGUGCUACAGCGGGGGCUGCUGGCAGGGCGGAGCAGAAAAGUAAAUCGAAUAAUCGGCAUUGAAGAUAGUGAUGAAGUGAUAUACACGGUGUAAAGGGUGUAUUUGUGCGUGUGUGUGUAAAGUAGGCUGUGCAGCAAAGAUCCACCAGUAUCUGUGUGUGCGCGCGGGCGCGGGCGCACGGGGUUUAAUAAUUGGCUUUGCGUGAAUCGCAGUGUGCGUAAGCGUGUAGGUGUGUUGCGCGCGCGCGCGCCACUGCGCUAGUGUGUGUGCAUGUACCAAUUGUGUGUAUGUGUUUGUGUGUGUGUGUGUGUUCGCAUCCGCUCAGCGGAUAUAGAGUGUGUCAGGCCGAUUUACGCGCUGCAUCCGCGGUAAGGGUGCAGCGUGAAAGAGAGAGAGAAAGAGAGGGGGAGAUAUCCCUCCAGCACAAGUGCAACCAUUCCCGCCCCCGAGAGAGGGUUAGAGAGUUUGUAUGCUGUCGAUCGCUAGAUUAGUGCCAUUACGCGCUUUUCGGAAGGGUGUUGCAUUCCCAUCCUCCCUCACCUCCCUCCCUCCCUCCUCCUACAACAAUAUACAGUCGGGGUGCGUGUGAGUGUGUCUCGUCUUCCCUACACCGCUGCCAUCUCCCUUCAGCCCAGUGGCGACGGGCAAUUGAGAGCUACAGCGGCAGGAGAGGGGGGUUUAAUUGAUCCACAGUGAGGAAAUACAGCCCCCCUUCCGUCUCUCCUUCCUAUUUUCUCCCUUCCCACGUCCAUUGCGUGAGUGAGUGAGCAAGUGCGUGCGUGUCUCUAGGUUGAUCACCAUCCCCCACCCCCUUGCGCGCGUCAGAUUGUGGGCACGGGCGAUGCAAAGGCAAAGGAGGCUGGCACCGUAGCAGUCCCAGCAGCCCGAGCCAAAGCAAACAUUAGCAAAACACGGCAAGAGUGUGACGACACGAGAGGAGGAGGUGUAGAACCGUAGUAGUGUGAGUACACCGUCACCACCCACUACCACCACCUGAUCGACAACAGGCGACAGCAUGAACGAAAUCGAAGCGCUGCGUCAGGAGGCGGAAACGCUCAAAAAUGCGAUCCGCGACGCGAGGAAGGCGGUGUGCGACACGUCCAUCCUGCAGGCGACGGCACAGCUGGAAGCCGUCGGUCGCAUCCAGCUUCGGACGCGCCGCACGCUCCGGGGCCACCUGGCGAAGAUCUACGCGAUGCACUGGGGCAACGAUUCGCGCUACCUGGUGUCGGCCUCGCAGGACGGCAAGCUGAUCGUGUGGGACUCGCACACGACCAACAAGGUGCACGCGAUCCCGCUGCGCUCCUCCUGGGUGAUGACGUGCGCGUACGCCCCGUCCGGCAACUAUGUGGCGUGCGGCGGGCUGGACAACAUCUGCUCGAUCUACAAUUUGAAGACGCGCGAGGGCAACGUGCGCAUUGCGCGCGAGCUCGGCGGACAUACGGGCUACCUGUCCUGCUGCCGGUUCCUCGACGACAACCAGAUCGUGACGAGCUCGGGCGACAUGUCCUGUGCGCUGUGGGACAUCGAGACGGGCCAGCAGACGACAUCAUUCCAGGGGCAUACCGGGGACGUGAUGGCGCUGUCGCUGGCCCCGCAGGGCAAAACGUUCGUGUCGGGCGCGUGCGACGCGAAGGCGAAGCUGUGGGACAUCCGCGAGGGCCAGUGCAAGCAAACAUUCCCGGGCCACGAGAGCGAUAUCAAUGCGGUGGCGUUCUUCCCGAACGGGUUCGCGUUUGCGACGGGCUCGGACGAUGCCACCUGCAGGCUGUUCGACAUCCGGGCCGACCAGGAGCUGGCCAUGUACUCGCACGACAACAUCAUCUGCGGCAUCACGUCCGUGGCGUUCUCGAAGUCAGGCCGGCUGCUGCUGGCGGGCUACGAUGACUUCAACUGCAACGUGUGGGAUACGAUGAAGGCGGAACGGGCGGGCAUACUGGCCGGACACGACAACCGCGUGUCCUGCUUAGGCGUGACCGAGAACGGUAUGGCGGUGGCGACAGGGUCCUGGGACUCGUUCCUGCGCGUGUGGAACUCGAUGAACGAGCUGGAGGCGCUGCGGCAGGAGGCGGAAACGCUGAAGAAUGCGAUCCGGGACGCGCGGAAGGCGGCCUGCGACACGUCGCUCGUCCAGGCGACGAACAAUCUCGAACCGAUCGGCCGGAUACAGAUGCGCACCCGGCGCACGCUCCGGGGCCAUCUGGCGAAGAUCUACGCGAUGCACUGGGGGAGCGACUCGCGCAACCUGGUGUCGGCCUCGCAGGACGGCAAGCUGAUCGUGUGGGACUCGCACACGACCAACAAGGUGCACGCGAUCCCGCUGCGCUCCUCCUGGGUGAUGACGUGCGCGUACGCCCCGUCCGGCAACUUUGUCGCGUGCGGCGGCCUGGACAACAUCUGCUCGAUCUACAAUCUGAAGACGCGCGAGGGCAACGUGCGCGUGUCGCGGGAGCUGCCCGGCCACACGGGCUACCUGUCCUGCUGCCGGUUCCUCGAUGACAACCAGAUCGUGACGAGCUCGGGCGACAUGUCGUGCGGGCUGUGGGACAUCGAGACGGGCCAACAGUGCACCUCGUUCCUGGGGCACACCGGCGACGUGAUGGCGCUGUCGCUGUCGCCCCAGUGCCGGGUGUUUGUCUCCGGGGCGUGCGACGCCUCGGCGAAGCUGUGGGACAUCCGCGAGGGCCAGUGCAAGCAGACGUUCCCGGGCCACGAGAGCGACAUCAAUGCGGUCACCUUCUUCCCGAAUGGGCACGCGUUUGCGACGGGCUCGGACGAUGCCACCUGCAGGCUGUUCGACAUCCGGGCCGACCAGGAGCUGGCCAUGUACUCGCACGACAACAUCAUCUGCGGCAUCACGUCCGUGGCGUUCUCGAAGUCGGGCCGGCUGCUGCUGGCGGGCUACGAUGACUUCAACUGCAACGUGUGGGACACGAUGAAGGCGGAACGGGCGGGCAUAUUGGCCGGACACGACAACCGCGUGUCCUGCUUAGGCGUGACGGAGAACGGAAUGGCAGUGGCGACAGGGUCCUGGGACUCGUUCCUGCGCGUGUGGAACUAAGCGCCAAACCUGUUGCGCUGUCUCCACGGAGGUACGGUAAGAUCGGGCCAGGACAAUGUCGGACAGCAUAAAAACGCGUACAGCCAUUCAGAAAUGAGUACCGUUUAGUGGUAGUCGUAGUGCGAUUGAGUGUACGAAGUAGCUGGAGUACGAGGAAAGUAUCCGCGCUCAUCUCCCCGCAUUCUCCUUUGCAAAAAAACAGAAGAACUAAUUGCAAAAAAACAGGUCAGGUUAUUGUUUUCUCUCCACUGGCUGGAUGGUUUAUUGUGCAAGCCGAUUUAAAACGAAACAAACAAAACGAAAAACAACAAACCUAGUGCAUAGAGAACGUUCUAACCAUUCUGCCAUUGAUUGGUUUUGCUUUCCUAUUUGUUUUUGACCAAUAUAUUUAGCAAUUUCGAAGGAAUCAACUAACAAAAACACAGAACAAAAAAAAAAGGCAUAGAUGCUUCACAUGUUUGUCUCAGCGUGUUGUACCGCAACACUCUAGCCUCUGCAGCAUCGUAGUAGGCACACGAGCACACGGUGUAUGACAGUAGGACAGUGCUUCCAAUGGCAACAGGCUGGCCCGCUACUGCUACGUAGUGUGACAGCCGCUGCCGGUGUAACGCCCGUUUCAAAGCGGACGGCGCUUUGAGAAAAAGUAUGUUUAGGUUACAGUUUCGUUUUGUAUCUUUUUGGCUUCUGUAACGGUAGUUCUAGCAACAAACUAGUUGGUCGAUGUUUCAAGCUUGUUUGUCGCCAUUUAUUAAUUAUUUUUUACAAAAUCCAAAACUUAUUUUUUUCUAAAUUUCUCACACAAACGGCAUAAGGCAUGAGAAUUGGUAUUUAUAAAAAAAAACAAAAAAAAAGCUUCUUAAUUUCCGGAUUGGGGUUUAAAGAAUUACAUUUCCAAAAUUUAUAAAAAAAAAAUACAAAACACACACAAAUUGGAACCAUUCUAAUUGAUUUUCAAACGAAUUCCCCAAGUAGCGCCAGUGGCACGGUGUGAGCAAUUAGUUCAGUGGGACGUCCCUCUGAUAGCGAAGUCUAGACCAACUACAAUCUCCUCUUCUUAACAGACGAUUUUUCUACGAGCCUCCGAGCUGACCCCGGAGGCACAACCCGGUUUCUAUGCAAACUUUUUAAACUCAAAAACCAAUUUUAUACAACCAACAAAACACGACCAAAACAAAGGGCAAACUUAAGCAAACACUGAAAACCCACACCACCCACCCUGUGAACAAUCAAGCGACCAAAAGCAGAUACUAAUCACGUACACAACCAACACCAGAGUAUCAUCCCUAAGUACACGGACACAUACAUAAGACAGUGGCUUGCAUGAAAUCAUACAGAAAAAAUAGAGCAAACGAUAACGUUAUAAGAGAGAGAGAGAGAAAUACAAAUACACACACACAUUAACGGAGUUGAAAUGGAAGGCCGUUUUGGGGGCGCCCAUAAAUUGGUUCGACUCCGCUGUGUGUGUGUGUGAGGACCGUGAUUUUUUUUUUUCAUUCUCAAAUAUCUCCUCGCAAGAAACCAUUCUUUUCAUAAAAAAUACGCUCAAUUUUCCGCCCAACAAACCCUAACUGUCCCUUUUCCCUGUUGCAAGAGAUGAAAGAAUUAUCCCUGGUAGCUCUAGUGGUCAUCCUUUCGUCUCACGCGUCCCAGCGUUACGUUACUUUUCCGUGACGCACCUGUAACCGCUUUCAGUAACGCAUCCCGUAACGCCACGGACUGUUAUGCUUAGUGCUGUGGUAUCGCUCCCUCGCACCGUUAGUCUGCUGCUGGCAGGCAUUUGUUGUUGCUUCAAUCGAUGGUGUGUGUGUGUGUGUGUGCACGAAUGGGUGAGAAGAGGUGAGAAGGAAUCGUUCCCAUUCCUAGCAAAACGCCUGUCUCGCGCCCGUUCGCACCACCAACCUUCCCAAGCUCCCUCUCCCGGUCGCGCAUUUUGACGCACAUGCGUACGAGAACGCAGUGUGAAAUGGACCGUCGGUUUUUUUGGUACGUGCACGUCUUCAAGUCGUUUUUGUUGUUGUUGUUGCGUGCGUGCGUUCGCAUGAUGGCCCUUCCCCGUGUGGAAAGGUGUACAGAGAACUUAAUUUUUGCUUCCCAAACAUUGCUGGUGUGUGGUCCAAGUGUGGUUCAAGUGUGCAGUUGGUUUGGCACGCACCAUUUUCGAUCCGCUUGGUAUACAUGGACAUCAGUCUCUCUGCCAGUCUCAGCCAGAAGGGGACUUAGUUUGGUACCACUGAGAUCCUGGACUCAAUCCUGGCUGAUAGCGUUAUUUUGGUAACGUACCUGGUGAGCGAGGGGUAACGAUACUGCCUUAUUCCAGAAUAUGUUACGUUUUCGGUAACGUUUGCUCUCACCUUAGUAUACAAUUAUGCAAACACCUUCCGAGUUGGUGACCGUGGUUGUACUACCUCAACUGAAGGCGUUUGACUGGACGACUUUUUAGUUUACUAACACACUAACACACACAGCCAUAUAAAGAAUAGCAUUUUUUGGAUGCGUUAGCUCUUUUGCGUUACAAUUAUGUGUCACCUAUGUUUACUGCAUUCACACAUAUAAAGAAACACACAAACACACAGACAUCCAUUUCUAGUUGUACAACAACCUAAUAUACAGAAACCAAAGUAAAAGAGCUGGUGAAAGAGCUGGGCGCGGCUGUCUCGCCAGACAAACAAGGUGGGUAAUAAGGCUACAAAAGCCUGCCUUCCACCACUCCAAUGCUUUCGUGCUGUCACUGCGAUGGAGGAAUGCACCCGUUGCAUCCCGAUCGGAAGGGCUAUUAUCUCAAUCGUGCAAGUGGCCAACUCCAUCCGCCAUUCUCACUGCGAGAGGCUCACUGGGAGAAUGGUGGAACAGUUCGGAUAUUCACACACCUUCGAUUGAGAUAAAUUUCGAUUGGCGCAAGUGUGCACCUUCGUGUGGACAUCGUUGGUUAUCGUUCUGGUCUGCAGCAGUGGUGAUUGCGGUAACCGAAGCUGAAUGCUGAUGCUGCCGCCACAUCGAUAGAUCAUACUCAGAACAAGCAAACAAGCAAACCAACAAAAACCACACUGUAGGCUCCAGUGGGGGUUGGUUUUGUUUUUUUUUGAGUGGAGGAACGAUCAAACCGAUGAUGAAGCGGUGGUAGUAGACAUGGAAAAGGGGGUAUAGGGGUGUAAGGUACCGAUCCACCCAUCCUGCCUAUUCCAGCCUGCCCACAAAUACAAGGCCUGUUUGUGGGAGGGUCUAGUGUUGGAUAGAAGCAGCCGCAGCGAGACAGCAAAGAAGAGGAGAAGCAGGAUCAACAGUAGCGAUAUAUAUGUUGUAUUAUGUGUACCGAUUACCGAUGUAUCCAUAUACGUGUUUUUUAUGUUGUUUUUUUCGUACUAUAUACUAAGACGUACAACUAUGCAGGGAGGUAGAAAGAUGGAAAGAAUGAGAGCGAGAGAACGAAGAGAGGGAAAAAAAAAACUAAAUGUGGAAAAUUAGCGGAACCAAUAGCGUAAUAUGCAUAAAAUCUCAAACCCCCCCAAAGCAAUCAUAACGAAGAAGAAGAAGAAGAAGAAGAAGAAGAAGAAGAAGAAGAAGAAGAAGAAGAAGAAGAAGAAGAAGAAAAAGAAAGCUAAGAAACUGAAAACAAAACAUACAUCACAAUAACAAACAAAGUAAAAAGCCACAAAAAAGAGAAACGAACGAAACAAGCACACACAGAACAGAAGUGCAGAAACAAAAACGGAAGAAGCAAACAAAUGCCAUUCUCGAAGCCGUACAAUUAUGCCAUUGUUAGAUUAAUGUAUGUGUGCAUCGUUUGCCUUGUUAAGUUUACAUCUGCUGUUUGGCAGCGGAUGCGCGCUACUCAAAGUAUUAUUCGUAUUUAGUAUUGUAUUGAGCGUUUUUAGUACAACCGGUUUUGCUCCUCGAGUUUUAGUACAUUAAGCUAUUAACGAUCAUUUCUCAUUGUUCAUAAGACAUCGUUGUCUUACUUAAUUCACUUCGGUAGUGUUAUGUUAGUAGUAGCAAACAUGGAACAAUUAAUCGAAAUUUCCAAAACAAAAAUGCCAUUUUCCAUUUUUGAUAAUUGAAAAAACCCAAUCGGCCAACAGUUGAAAUUGUUAGAGCAUUACUUUGUUUCAUUUACUAAGCCCGUUUAGGUUGUUAUUUGUGAUCGCGUUCUACCUUUCCUUUCGGCUGUGAAACCAUUGCGUACGAGAAGUAUAUUAGUAUGUGGAAAUAUGUUCGUACUUGUGCUAGGGGCACUCUAGCACAGACGAUCCAAAAAUUCCCUCAAUAUUUCCUCCACCUUCAUCCCUUCUCACCUCCUCCCCACUCCCACCACUCCAUAAGUGUUUCGAGUUUAUUGUUGUUUCUUUGUCGUUUUUUUGCUGGCACACCUUCAUCGCAACAAAAGCGAAACCGAUGCAGCAGAAUGACCGGCCGUGUACCGUCUGGCUAAGAGGCUCAGUUACAGUUCGGUAGUCGGUCGGUCCUAUCCUGCUGCUUGGCAAAAUAAAAUAACAAAGAGAAAAAAAGGGAGAAAAUCUCUGCCCCUGCCUUCGGCACAGCACCUCAUCACACCUUUUAUCGCUUGAAUAUACAAACUAAGGGGCUCAUUUUCAAUCGAUGAAAGGGAAAGGGCCAAAGUAAAUGCAGAAAGCAGAAGAAAGAGAGAGAGAGAGACAAAAAUCUCAAAAAUCAGAGAAGAUCAGAAUGCAAUCCAGUGUGUGUAAAAUCGAUAGGCUCACGUAAUUUAUAUCACUCGAUUGCUGCACAUCGCAAUGAAACAGACCGACAGGAGGACUUUGGCCCUUUGUGUGCUUUGGCUGCAGGCAGGAGACAUGGGAUUUUCACCUCGUAGUAACGGCACAACGUUAGUUGUGUUCGAACAACAAAUUUGUCUCGAUGUGCUUUGUAAAGGGUUUUUGUUUUGUUUCUGUUACAAUAUUGUGUUGGUUUUGCCCAUGUUCCCCUAAAAUGGUGGCGGGAAGGGGCAGGCUCAACGAAUAUACCUCCCCCUUAUACACGAAAAGAAGGAACGUAAGAAAAGCGGGGAAAGUAAAAACAAAUUGUUGUCGUUGCUUAUUUGUUCAUUCCGACGGUGUAUAUGGUUUUGAACGAAGUUUUUUGUGUCAAUGGAGAAGAAAAUGUGCAAGCGUGUAACUCCCACAAAAACUACACUGUGCGCACUACGGAACGGCAAUCUCCGCUCUGAGGCGGUAGAACAUGGAGAAGCAAGAACAAACAAAAAAAAUCAUUCAAUACUACAGCUACACAAAACAUAACCAGCCACGCCACAAAAUCACAGCAAUGAGAAAUGAGAAAACCCUUUGGCUUGAAAUAUGAACUUCCAUCUCAAGAGAGAUACAGUAACGUCGCACAAAAGUGCACUCAAAACAGAUAUACAUCCCCCCAUUGCAUCGCACUUAUCCCAACAACACAUACACAAAUUCAUUUCUAAUCAAACCAAAUGAAAGAAAGAAAGUGAAACAAACAAACAAACGCCAUACACUGCCUAAUUUCACAUAGUCUCAAUGUAAUAAAUGCAAAUAUAAAACGAAAAUAUCAUGCAAAGAGAGAAAGAGAGAGCGAAAGAGAGGAAAAGAUAAACAAGAAUCACAUUUUGGUGCAUCUCCAACAAAAAAGACGGAAGAAAACGGCGUGUGCAAACUACUUGUACUAAAUGUGUGACAACUAGAAUAUUCAAGUAGUAGAAAUGAUGAAAAAAAAACAUAAACAAGCAAAAAAGAACCAAAAAGGCGAGCAGCACCAAGAUCUAAGCAGCACGCUCUACAGAUGUGACAAAAUAAAAGCAAAUGUAAGUCGCACAAUGCAUCCUCUACUAUCGCGCACAAUACAACAAAAAGAGACAGAGGAAGACAGAGAGCACAAAAGCAGUCGAAGUCGCACAUGAACCAAUGGGAUUCGUUCUGUGUAACGUAACGAUUCCGGUGCAAUUUACGUUACUUUCCCUCCUUUGAUUUUGAUUUCUGAACAUUUGUAAUGGCUAACUAGCUCUAACAUGCUGGGGUUACGCUGUUAGUGUCUAUUAGCGUUACAUACCGCGUGCAGAGCGUUACCGGCGUCACCAUGCAGCGUUACAUCAGUUGCAUGGUUGCGUUAGUUUCUCCGUCGCGCGCUGGCGCUCGAAAGAUUGUUUGCUGGAAUAAGCAGUGCCAGGGAAUAGCCCGUGGAACUCUCUCCCACUCUCCAUGGUGAAGAGACUUCCGGUGCUGCCGCCACGUUCGCAUUCGCACCAACGGAUAAUGGCUCCGACGGGUGACGGGUCACGAGGGCGAUGCCGCCCCUUCUACCGUGUCCUGCUGCGCGGGCACGUUUGGGCUAGUUGCAUCUAGGGGCUUAUGCCGGUCUUUCCGCAGGCUGACCCGGCUGGGCCGUGGCGCGGUUCGGGUAGCUUCCGGAGAGAUUGGUUUUUUAGUAUGCAGCGGAACGGCGUCCACGAUGGGCACGGGCACGGUAGAACAGUGGCGGGAAGGACUCGUGCUCGUGAGGUCACCUUUCGACAUCCGGUGCGCCAAAUGCGCGAAAUGCUGGCAACCGCACCAACAAUCUAUUGACUCGACCAGUGACGGCGACGGUUGACGUUGAAACAGAAGGCGUCAAGAAGAGAAACACACACAUACAAACACUAAUCAAACUACCGAUUACCGGAAACAGGCAACCGGAAUUGCUAGAAAAGGGAAAACAGAGGAACGCACGCACAAAAAGAGAGGAACGCACUGCCCGUACAUGUGUAUAUGUUUUCUGCGUUGCGUGGUGCGGGUGUACGUAACGCCAACGCCCGACUUCCCCCUUUGGUGGAGCGGUUUCUGCUUCCUUUCAACGUUUACCGUUUUGCGUUACCGUUUUGCUGAUGCCCCCAUCAUUCCCCUCCACGAUGGAACGGUGGAAUCAUAUCGAAAGAGAACACAAACAACCAAACAAAAAAGUCGAAAAACAGACAGAUUUGCACGCACAAUAUGAUGCAAGAAUGAUGAAAUUUCAAUUUUAUGCUUUAAAAAAAAAAACAGAAGAAGUAUACAAAAGGGUACGACCACAUCGGGAAGAAUAGACAUUGUUUCGCUAAAAAGUAGCGAAAAAAAAGGAGAAAGAAACAAUGGAUACUAAAUGAAGAUCACAUCCAGGUGUACCCAAACGGCACAGCAUAUGGAACCACAAAUAACCACAUAAAGUGCGUUUAGGAUAAAAUCAAACCAAACCAAAACAAAAAGAAACUCUGUAGCAAAGAAUCAGAUAAAAGACCGAUACCCUGCUAAGCGUUGAAGUGCAUGAUUUGAAGCGUGUGCAGGACGUUGCGCACUCACUGUUCAGCACAGUUUAGUGCUAGAAAUGCACACAAAACAACAGGAAAACACACAAACACAAAUGUGUAGCAGGAACGGAAACCAAUACCAAAAUUCGGCGAGUGGAGGGAGAAAUGCCACCCGAACCGGGAAGAAAAACUGCAUUGUGCGCAUAAUAUAGACGGUUAGAGAGAAACGCAGGGAAGCAGAGGAAACCUAAAUCUAAUUCUAAUGUAAUUCUUAGGGGCUUUUGAACUAGCGUGUGUAAUAAUGGUGGCGCUAUUUGUACAAUUUAUGUUACACCAUCACCCGAAUUACGAAUACGAUGAAGUACGAGGGAAUGAAGCGAGAAGAGCAACAGCGCAAAAUUGUGCAAAAGGCGAAACAAUGCGAUGCUCGCGAACUCAUGAAAAACCGAAAAACCGCACGGUGUUUUUUUCCGUAUGGACGACAGCCUGUGGAAGGCGUAGCGCAAUGCGCCUCUGCCUGCCUUAAUCGAUCCAGCGUGUUUUCAUCACGAACGGAAGGUACACGUCUGUCAGUGUGACGUCUUUUAUGGAUCUUUUUUUUGUUGUUGUAUCAAACUUUUAACCAGUUUUAGUUAUCAAUUACAAACUGUUUAAUUUGUUUCUUAUGAAUUGUCGUACGUAGCAGAAUUUAGAAUCUAAUUCACAUUAUACUAUAGUUAACAUUGUUUCGUUGAAAGCAAUUGAUUCAAUUUAUUAAAAUUCCAACCCCGUACCACGGGCUCCUCCAGCAAGUUCAGUGAGAUCGCAUAGACCAAUAUGUAACGCGAGCACAAGACAUCCAAAUGCACAAUGCGCGCUGAG